GUUUUAGAAAAAAAUGCGCUCCAGCCUUGAUUGAUAAUCCUGAUGGACAGAGAGAGGAACGAGAUGAACGAGAGUGCAAGGAUGGGGGUGGAUGAUAGAUAUACUAUGGAAACGGAGGACAGAUGUACUGCGGAGACGGAGGACAGAUGUACUCCGGAGACAGAGGACAGAUGUACUGCGGAGACGGAGGACAGAUGUACUGCGGAGACGGAGGACAGAUGUACUACGGAGACAGAGGACAGAUGUACUACAGAGACGGAGGACAGAUGUACUGCGAAGACGGAGGACAGAUGUACUCCGGAGACAACGGAGAUCUGUAGAUUCUACCGCUCCGGUAGAUGUAGAUACGGAGAUAACUGCAGGGAUACACAUUUAACGACUCCAGAACUGCCGAGCAAAGUCUGUUCUUUCUUCUCCAACGGUGAUUGUUUCAAGGGUUCCAACUGUAGAUAUAUUCAUAACACCGGAGCUAGGUUCAGACUCAACACAAAUUAUUCCACUGUAAACCUGGAGGCGGAGAACGGCGGAGAGGAAGUAGCUACGGACAAUCAAGGUUUGGCGGAGAUGAAACCGGCGGAUAAUUUUGUAAUCUGGGCGGAGAAUAAUUUUAGUAAAUGGCGUGUUUCAUCUUCUAACGACAACCUCUCAGAUAAAUUCCGGUUCAGUAUUCCUUCUCCAGACGAUGAAUUGUUCUACAGCUCUGAUUCUGAUAUUGAGCAGAGUAGGAAGUGUGGAGGAGAAUAUGAAAAUAUUCCAUCUUGUUCAUUAGUUCUCACCUCAUGUAAACUCUGCUCUUCUUCAUUCCUCUCAGUUGAGGAGAACCCUGUGGUUUGUUCAGAGUGCAGAGAAACCGAGGCUUCUAAUCUCCCUGUUCCAGAGGAAACCAGGGAACACAGGGAGGACAAGAACAACAAGAACAGCAAGAACAAGAACAGCAAGAACAGCAAGAACAGAAAGAACAACAAGGAGAACAAAGAGGACAUGGAGAACAAAGGAGGCUUGACGGAUAUACGGGAACAGGAGAAGCGGGAUAACGAAGAGAAAAAUGCCACAGUGGAAAAGAAACUUACUGAGCAAAUGAAAGUCGAAAAAGACAAGAAAGUUCGAGAGGAGGGGAAAGUCAAAGCGGAAAAGGAAAGCAAGUUGGAAAAGGAAAGCAAGGAGGAAAAGGAAAGCAAGAAGGAAAAGGAAAGCAAGGAGGAAAAGGAAAGCAAGGAUGCAAAGGAAAGCAAGGAGGCAAAGGAAAGCAAGGAGACAAAGGAAAGCAAGGAGGCAAAGGAAAGCAAGAAGGAAAAGAAAGUCAAGGAAGGAAAGAAAGGUAAAGAGAAAAAGAAAAUUAAAGGAAAAAAUAAAGUCAAGGAUGGAAAUGCUAUGAAGACUAACUUCGUGGAACAGAUAAAAAGUCUGGACGAGGAAAAAAAGAAGAACAUGGAGAAUGCUGGGGAGAAGGAGCUAAAAGUACUUGUUAAACAACUGGGAGCAAAAAAUAGUUCAGAUCUAGUUGAGUCGGAGAAAGUCCUGCUCAACGCUAACGAUGAUACUAAAGAUACCAAGGGUUUUGGAAAUACGAAGAUUUAUAGAGAUCAUGAGAAUGCUGUAUAUCUCAAUUGGUCUGAAUAUAUCCAGACAUCCGUUAAUACCAAGAGUUCUGAAGAUAUCAAGAGUUCCGUUAAUACCAAGAGUUCUGAAGAUAUCAAGAGUUCCGUUAAUACCAAGAGUUUCGAAGAUACCAAGAUUACUGUACAUCCCAAUUGUUUUGAAGAUAUCAAUAGUUCUGAAGAUAUCAAGAGUUCUGAAGAUAUCAAGAGUUCUGAAGAUAUCAAGAGUUCUGAAGAUAUCAAGAGUUCUGAAGAUAUCAGGAGUUCUGAAGAUAUCAAGAGUUCUGAAGAUAUCAAUAGUUCUGAAGAUAUCAAGAGUUCUGAAGGUAUCAAGAGUUCUGAAGAUAUCAAGAGUUCUGAAGAUAUCAAUAGUUCUGAAGAUAUGAAGAGUUCUGAAGAUAUCAAAAGUUCGGAAGAUCCCAACAGUUCUAAAAAUUUCACCAGUUUCAGUGGUACCAAGAGUUCUAAAGAUACGAAGAGUUCUGAAGAUACCAAGAGGUCUAAAGAUACCAAGAGUCCCGUUAUUACGACCAGUUCAUAUUAUACGAAGAGUUCUAAUCUUUCUAAGAGUUCUGAUGAUACCAAAAGAACUGUAGGUUUCAAGAGUGUUCUUGAAAGCCAUAGUUUUAAAAAAUUUGAGAUAUUAGCAGUAAAUGGGGUUUCUCUUGGUGAGAAAUUAUGUUUCCGGUCUGAGAAGAUUGAACUAACUGAAAAUACUAAUCCACCAGUCUCCGAUAUAUCUAAAGCAGGAUCAGUGGUUGAAUCUGAACUAGGUAUCCAGCCUGGUUCCAUGACUAGGAGAAGAAAAGGGCUGAAGAAGGUUGAAAUGAAUACCUCUAAACUAGACCCAACCUCCAUUGUAAAUAACCAUAGAUCUGAACAACCCUCAUUCUUUCUCAAUCCUAGGUUUAAGUCAAACAAGAGAAAAAAGAAACAGAAGAAAAAACUUGAUCCUGAGAAGUUGGCGCCUCCAGGUUUAAUAAAACAGAAUAAAGAUGAGUUAUCUUCAAACCCCUUCUCCUUAGUGUUAAACUAUCUUAAGAUGUGGAUAAUAAAACUUGCUUUGCUCCUCGGAUACAACUUAGAGUUGAAGGAGAUCGGAUUUAUGGAGCUGGUUUGGUUCCUAGUCUCCACAGUUUUGCCCCUAGUGUAUCUGCCUUCACGAAUAUAUCAUACUGUAUCCUGGUCCAAGAUUAUAUUCCUUAUAAGAUAUGGAAUUGUGAAGUCUAGAGUCCAACUUCUGUUAAUAUGGUUGAGAUUGAAAUACAGUUGGAUGGAGCCGAUACCACAGAUACAGGUCGAAUGUGUGCAAUGGAGUCCAAGGAACCGAUUGCUUAGCUUUGAACACAUGAAACUGGUUGAGAAGGGAUACAAGUUUCUAGCUAAAGGAAACAAUCAAAAGGCGGACCAAGUAUUCUCCGAUGGUACGGUUACAGGUUACCCGGCCUUCUUCAGUGGUAGAGCACAUGCAUUGAGCAACUUGAAAGAGAGGAUCAAGGCCUUAAAGCAGAUAGUUCAAAUAUCAAGUCCUAAUCUACGUGAGUUGGUACUAGCGGCCUACUGUUACCUAGAGUUGGAAUAUCUAGUUCCGGCAGCGAAGAUUUAUACUUUCUGCGUCCAGGACUCUGAGAGGUUGCGGAAUGCGACGGUGAACAGUGAAAUUGCCGCUCUGGGAAGAUGGAUUUCUUUGACGAAAUAUCAGUUUAUCCAGUUGGAACAGAUUCAAAAUCCUUACUCCAGGUGGGACAACAGACCUUUGGAGUUUCCCUCCAGUAGAUCGUCCUGCUUACAGAUGUUCAAUGAACUUGAACUCGACUCCAUCGACACAGAUCCAAUCAAUCCACAAAAUCGGUAUAUUGACGCAUUGUGCAAUUUUGCCGCCGGGAACUACAUAUGCUCCGCCACGGCGGCGGUGGUUACGCGUUGUUCCUCGGCGGAGGAUUUUUAUCACUGCGUCGCUCUGGAAUAUUAUGUUGAAAAAUCCAAACCGUUAUUGAAAGCAGCCAUUGCGUCCUACAUAGUUCUGAAUAUGGCAGAAACAGCUCUUGAAAAUGGACUUUAUGAUGAAUUUGAAGAGCUUAUUAAGUCCCUUCGAGAAUAUUGUGAAAGUAUGCGUAUUCCAAAUCCUUAUGGAGUUUUAAAAUCCCAGUUUUUGACCGCCAAGAGGUUUUACAUAAACCAGAGCUAUACUGAGGCCUUGAGUGUUUGUGAUCAGUUUAAGGAUGUGGAUCAUCCGCUCCGGGUUGAGUUUCAGCUUUUGGAGGGUAGAGUUUUCAAGGAGCUAGGCCGAUACGAGGACGCUAGAUCUGUCCUGAGCUCCGAGGACCUACUAGAUAGUCCUCAGCAUGGUAUAGAGUCCAGAGCACUACUGGACCAGGUUCAGAAAUCUUUAAAUCUUCAAGUAUCUACGGACCAGUACACGUGUAUCAGUAAAGAGAGUUUAUCAAACAUGUUUGCUCCGUCAACCUGCUUGGAGAGAGAGAAGGAGAAGGUUGUGGAGAAACCUUACAACUCCCGUCACGUCCUCAUGGAUCUAAGAGCAGGAGCAGGCACUAUAGAUCCUUGUCGUUGGCGGAGAUAAGGUCUCAACAACACAGAACCAAAAUCCGCAAAAAUUGAUCAUUUUACUUUAGUUAACCGACAUUUUACAGCAAUACCUGAUAUAUCGACUGACGAGCUUAAAUAAUUAAAACCUAAAAUGUUUUUAAUCAUAUCUAUAUUUGAAAAUAAUUUCAGAA